AUGGCACCCGUUCGUCGCCAAGCUGCUGCUAAGAAGCCUCGCCCUCGCAAUGUGGCCAAGAUGAGAAUCGACGACACAAUCGCGCGUUGUCCCGGCGGUACCCCAGCGUACCAGCACCGGAAGGAGUUCCUUCUCGGUCGUCCCUGUUGCACCGAGGACGAAGUGAAGAUGGCACGCGGGGCUGACUACAAGCCGCUGCCCACCUACAAAGGCCUCCCGGCUGGAACAAAGAAGGCGGUUCGCCUUACUCAUGAAGAGUAUUGCCUGAUUCGGGAUUGGCGAGUGCAGAACGGGGUAGCUCCCUUCAGAAAGAAAACCUUCAAGUCCAAGUGGGGUUGGAACCAUGAAGACGGGUGGGACGUCUAUUACAUGACCCACACCGAUCAAGAUCCAUCCUACCGUUAA